UCAGUGGAAGAAGAAGGCGUGGAGAUUGAACUUUUCUUUCUUUUUGUAACAGUUAAAGCGUUGAUUGUCGUGCGGAUUUGUGUUUUUAGGCAACACAGUGUACUCUUGGCAUACGGUUAUUUGACGACUAAUAAAUAGAGUACAGGGAUGUCGGAAUGAUCUGGGGCAGUAACGUUGUGUUGGCCUCAUCAGCAGUAGCGGUCACCACGGCUGGGGACCUGCGGACCUCCGUCUGCAGGGUGGUCAUCUACCUCCAAAGGGACAUGCCUGGGGACAGCUACCUACCCCAGGACCACAGUAAGUCUGAAACCAGCUGCCCAACCCCUCCUCUGGCUUGUCCCAAGACCAAGACCUGCAAUCAUCGAGGAGCAGUGGGCCUGGGCAACAAGUAUGUCCGGCUCAAUGUUGGAGGGUCACUGUUUUAUACUACCCUGCAGGUGCUGACCAGGCAAAACUCCAUGCUGAAAGCCAUGUUCAGUGGAAAGAAGGAAGUGUUCACAGAUAAAGAAGGGUGGAUCCUGAUUGACCGCAGCGGAAAACACUUUGGCAGUAUCCUGUGCUACCUUCGAGAUGGUAGAGUUGCCUUACCCAAAGGCCGUCAGGCUGUCCAGGAGCUGCUGGUUGAGGCAAAGUAUUUCCUUGUCCAGGGCCUAGUGGAGCUCUGUGAAAACUCCCUGCAGGGUAAUGAAGAGGAACCCCUAUGUGUUAUACCUGUAGUCACCUCCAUUAAGGAAGAGGAGAGGCUCAUCCAGUCUUCUACCAAGCCUGUGGUGAAGCUGGUGUACAACAGAAGCAACAACAAGUACUCCUACACAAGUAACUCUGACGACAACCUGUUGAAGAACAUCGAGCUGUUUGACAGGCUGUCUCUCAGCUUCAACGGCCGCAUUCUUUUCAUUAAAGAUGUGAUUGGUGAUGAGAUUUGCUGCUGGUCCUUUUACGGCCAGGGUCAAAAGCUGGCUGAGGUGUGUUGCACCGCCAUUGUAUAUGCCACUGAGAAGAAGCAGACCAAGGUGGAAUUUCAUGAAGCUCGCAUCUACGAGGAGACUCUGAAGACCUUGCUUUAUGAGACAAUGCCGCUGCCUGAUAACUCCCUGUUGGAGGCCACAUGUCGGAAAUACAACAACCUGCAGCUCUCACAGAGGGAAGAGGAGGGCCCCGGAGGUCCAGAGCUGCGUGAGCGUGUCCGUAGAAUCCAUGUCAAGAAGUAUAGCACAUAUGAUGACAGGCAUCUGGGACACUAAGACCACCAAAUCGCUGGAGAGACUGUAGCUUUUUUUUUUUUUUUUUUUAAAUGACGAGCAGUCCUGUCAAUGCACAUGUUCUUUUUUUCUUGAACCUUUUAUUACUUCAUUCUGCAAUUGCAGAGGUCCAAAUAGUUGCCUUAAUUAAAUUACACAUGACAUUUGACUGUAGAUUGUUCUCUGCUCUGUUAUAAUUUAUACAUUAUCAGGAUCCAGAGCAGCUCUUGUGAACACCUAAUACCUGUAUUUUUUUUUUUAAUUAAAUGUGCAUUUUUGUACAAGAAAGAUGAUCACUAAUAUUCACCAUUUGUUAGAAUACUCAUAGCACAUUGUAUCAGCAGGAACACAUGUUUCAUAUUUAUAGAUUGUAUACACAUUUACAGGCUCUUGUUUGCCCAUGAGAAAUCUGUUUUAGAUUUACUGGAGUUGCUUUGCCUCUAUUGUGUUUUAAUGUAAUUUUCCAUAAUGUGUUUGGCUAACUGUAAAGAUAAGUUACUAUUAUUCUACAAUUGUUUGUCUUUAUGUUUUUAGGAGGCAGGUGUAAUUAGAAAGUUCAUGCUUGGAGCUCAACUGUCAGGGACUGGCAGGAACUUGCGCACAGUCGGCUCACUUCAGAGACCAACUGAUGAGAUUUUCCAUUUAUGUUGGCAUAUUUCAAUAAAUCACUGCACCUGUUUCCCCUUUUUUCAG